AUGAACAAGUUUAUUGCGUAUGGCGCAAUCUUGUUUUGUCACUGUCUUAACAUUAUUCUUGCCUCUUCCCAGGCAAUUUCCAUAAAUCAUAUGGAAGCAGGGAACCAAACAGCUGUUUCAAAAUUCAUCCUUCUGGGGCUUUCAGAAGAUAUAAACCUGCAGCCCCUCCUUUUUGGGCUGUUUCUCUAUAUGUACCUGGUCUGUGUUUUAGGGAACCUGCUCAUCGUUCUGGCCAUCAGCUCUGACCCCCACCUCCACACCCCCAUGUACUUCUUCCUCGCCAACCUGUCCCUCACUGAUAUCUGUUUCACCUCCACCACUGUCCUCAAGAUGUUAGUAAACAUCCAGACACAGAGCAACGCCAUCACGUAUGAAGGCUGCCUUACCCAAAUGUGUUUUUUCAUGAUUUUUGCUGGAUUAGAUAAUUUGCUACUGACCGUGAUGGCCUGUGAUCGGUUUGUGGCCAUCUGUCACCCCCUGCACUACAUGGUCAUCAUGAACCCUCGCCUCUGUGGUCUCCUGCUUCUGCUUUCUUGGUUAAUCUGCCUGACAUAUUCUUUGUUGCAAAGUCUGAUGGUUUUGAGGGUGGCCUUCUGCAAAGAGACAGAAAUCCCCCACUUCUUCUGUGAACUUGCUCAGAUCCUCAAGCUUGCCUGUUCUGACACCCUUGUCAAUGACAUCCUACUGUAUUUUGUAACUGGCCUGUUGGGGGUUAUUCCCCUGACUGGGAUCCUUUUCUCUUAUUCUAGAAUUAUCUCCUGCAUAAUGGGCAUUUCUUCUGCUGUGGGGAAGUACAAAGCCUUUUCCACCUGUGGGUCCCAUCUCUUGGUGGUCUCCUUGUUCUAUGGUGCAGGCCUUGGGGUCUACCUCACUUCCGGAACAGCCCAUCCGUCCAGAAAGGGUUCAAUAGCCUCAGUGAUGUACACAGUAGUCACCCCCACACUGAACCCCUUCAUCUACAGCCUGAGGAACAGGGACAUGAAAGGUGCUCUGAGGAGACUUUUCAGGAGAGGAGCUUACUUCCAGUGA